CCACACUCCCAUUCGCAGCUAAAGCAUCAACAGUCCGCUCCGACGUCACGUUACCCGCUCUGCCUAGGCACACUGUUCAUAUUCUCACCACCACCAACAUGGCAACCAACGGCGAUAGCCCCGACACGGCCGCUGCCGACACCUCGCGAGACCCGUCUGGCUUUCUGAGCGAGAUCAUUGGCGCACCUGUGACGGUCAAGCUCAACUCCGGUAUAGUCUACAAGGGCGACCUACAGUCGGUCGACGGCUACAUGAACAUUGCACUUGAGCGAUGCAAGGAAUGGUCUGAUGGCAAGCUUGUCCGAAGUUGGGGUGAUGCUUUUGUCCGAGGCAACAACGUCACAUACAUCUCAGCCGAUAACGCGUAGAAGGCUUUUGUCUGAGAACACGUUGAUCUGAACUAGCCGGGAUGGGACUACAUUCGAGACGGAUGCUCUAUGAGCUCUCGAGGAAGUCAUGCCGACUACGAAAGCAGCUAUUAUGCUUGGGGAAGAAGAGGACAGGCAUCAAGGAUCGGCAAGAAGGUAGAUGAUUGGCGCAACGAUAUCUGCACAGCCACCAGCAUCGACUGCAGGUACACCAUAAUGAUUCUAUCGAGUUCAUUUCAUCGAGGCUCUCAUCCCGACUCACACAAUCGUCCUAUUUCGAUUCUUUUCUCUUCAUUCCCUAAGCUUGUCAUUGAAAGCCCUCGCACAAAUCACGGGCCACGUGGAACAUGAUGUUUAUACCUGGAACAACGCCUAGCCACAUGAAAGUCUACUUAUUCCUGAUUCAAAAUUAUUCCUGUG